CGACGAGAAGCACCCAAGAGUGUCAGCUUUCCCAACAGCUUUGUGCACUGUUGAAGUUAUAUCUACUGUAACGAAGAUUCAUUAAGCCCUAAUAUUUUUUGAAAAUGGCUCCAACAGAAUCCAAGAAGCGUUUGGCUCUUGCAAUAAUAGACUUUCUCGGAAACAGCCUUAAUGAUGGAACCCUCACCGUGGACGAUUCGGAAUCUAUAGAGAUCGCGCAAACUUGUAUCGCAGAUACCUUUAAAGUCGAUCCUUCGGACAAGGCUGCCAUGCAAGAUGCUCUUGGAGGCCAAAGUCUUGCAACCAUAUAUAGCGUAUAUGAGAAGAUGAAAGGCAAAAGCUCCUCGGCAUCAUCAGUUUCCGCGAGCGAGACAAAGUCAGCAGCAACCUCCCAAAGCGGGGCGCCGAAUGAGGAAUCAGAGAAGUUAAAAUCCCAGGGCAACGCAGCCAUGGCGCGCAAAGACUACCCUACUGCAAUAUCCCUUUAUACACAGGCUCUUAACAUCGCGCCAUCGAACCCGAUCUAUCUAUCUAACCGCGCGGCUGCGUACUCUGCUUCCGGAAACCACGCUAAGGCGGUCGAGGACGCCGAAAUUGCCGUGGCAGCGGAUCCAAAAUAUGUUAAGGGGUGGAGCAGACUUGGCUUAGCUAGAUUUGCCCUUGGGAAUGCAAAGGGUGCAGCCGAAGCGUAUCAAAAGGGUAUCGAUGCUGAAGGAAAUGGUGGCAGUGAAUCCAUGCGAAAGGGGCUGGAGACGGCAAAGAAGCGCAUUGAGGAUAUGAAGAGGGGGGAGGAUGAGCCCCUCGCUGAAGAUAUUGAUGAAGCACCUGGUACCUCGCGUGGAGGAGGAGGCGCUGGUGGAAUGCCUGACCUUUCGUCUCUUGCAGGGAUGUUUGGCGGCAGUGGAGGAGGCUCAGGGGGUAUGCCCGAUCUUAGUUCGAUAAUGAGCAACCCCAUGUUUGCUAGCAUGGCACAAAAUCUUAUGAGCAACCCUGAUAUGAUGAGUAACCUAAUGAAUAACCCGCGUAUUCGACAAAUGGCGGAGAGUUUUGGUGCGGGCGGAGGUGGUGCUGGUGCUGGUCAGGGAGGACUUCCAGAUAUGGCCAGCAUGAUGAAUGAUCCCAAUUUUGCUGAAAUGGCAAGAAACCUGAUGGGCGGAGGUGCUGGGCGUGGUGCAGGGAGGGGAUCUUGA